AAUGGUCCGCAGUGGUGACGAACAGAAAACAAGGUCAGACAAAAUAAUCAAGUAAAGAUCCUCGUCUCGGUAAUCCAUUAGUUGUUAAAGUGAUAUUACAACAAAAAUGUCAGAGGCACGAUACGCUGUUAUCAGAAGUGACCAGUGAUCCUGGACCAAGCCCCCUGGAUCCAGCGGGAUACCGAUAAACAGUAUGAGCGGCGAGCAGGAGAAGAACCAGCGGCUUCUGCAGGAUCUCCUGAAGAGAGCCGGCAACGGCACAUGUGCGGACUGCGGCUUUGCAGACCCUGACUGGGCGUCGCUCACCCUGGGUGUGUUUGUGUGUCAGAGCUGCUCCGCCUUCCACAAGGCCUCGCCGAACAUCAGCAGGGUCAAGUCCUUGCUUCUGGAGCCUUGGCAAGCCAGCGAGGUCGAGUUCAUGGCCUCAACCGGGAACGACGCAGCGAAAGCCAAGUACGAACAGAAGGUGCCGCCGUUUUAUUACCGGCCCACACACACCGACAGCCAAGUUCUCCGGGAGCAGUGGUUCCACGCCAGGUACGAGAGGAACGAGUUCAUGUACAUCGAGAAGCAGGAGCCAUACUCAGCAGGGUACCGAGAGGGGUUUCUAUGGAAACGAGGCAGAGACAACGGGCAAUUCCUGAGCCGAAAGUUCAUCCUUUCUGAGCGGGAGGGGAUCCUGAAGUACUUCAACAAGCAUGACGCGAGGGAACCCAAGGCCUCCAUGAGAAUCGAGACCCUCAACGCCACCUUCCGGCCAGCAAAAAUCGGGAGCCCCCAUGGACUCCAGAUCACCUACCUGAAGGACAACAGCACCAGGAACAUCUUUGUCUACCACGAGGAUGGCAAGGAAAUGGUGGACUGGUUCAAUGCCAUCCGGGCGGCUCGAUUCCACUACCUCCAGGUGGCGUUCCCUGGAGCCGGCGAUGCAGACUUGGUGCCAAAGCUAACAAGAAACUUUAUUAAGGAAGGUUUUAUGGAGAAGACAGGUCCGAAACAAACAGAGGGCUUCAAGAAAAGGUGGUUCACCAUGGACGACAGGAGGCUGAUGUAUUUCAAAGACCCCCUGGACGCCUAUGCCCGGGGGGAGGUGUUCAUCGGCAGCAAGGAGAACAGCUACGCAGUGCAGGCUGGCCUGCCGCCCUCCACGCAGGGUCACCGCUGGCAGCACGGCAUCACCAUCAUCACCCCGGACAGGAAGUUCCUGUUCGCCUGCGAGACAGAGGCGGAGCAGAAGGACUGGAUCGCCGCCUUCCAGAGGGUCAUCAACCGGCCCAUGCUGCCACAGGAGUAUGCAGUGGAGGCUCACUUCAAGCACAAGCCUUGAGGGUGUGGAUGGGCGGAGGCUGGUGAUUGUACUGGGACUGGAGAAGGACCAUUCUGUAGCAUGAAGACCGGGGUGGG